GAUUAAAGCACACCAACAAUGUCACUCAGUCUCACUAACACUACAGUGCACAACAGAAUAGUAGUGAGUAGUGAACACUACUAACUACUCUGACUACACAAAUCGAAUAUUAAGCAGCAGUUUACCAUAAGGGAACACCGUCUAACUCUCUAAGAUUGUCGCCUAUAACAAAUAGAAUAGAUAUGGCCGAUUUUCUGAAUAGUGGAAAACUGGAGCAAGCAAGUAAGCUACAUCUUUGUAACAGGUCACUUUUCCAUUUUUUUCUUGGCUUGCUCGAGGACACCCUGGCAACCCACCGCGGACCCCCAGGGGUCUGCGGACCACAGGUUGAAAACCUCUUAUCUAUUUGACCCAAACACUGUUGCCAAAUUCUCAAAUUACCUGUAUGAAAUCAAGACCUGCAAAAGCGAAAACUACUUAAAGGGAGGCCAUUCAUUCCCUAGCUGACUCACAUCACCAUUAAACUUAUCAACUCGUUUAUCUGCACAUUGAAAUAAAAACACAAAAUGCUGGAAAUACUCAGCAGGUCAGGAUUUGAGUUAGAUACCAUAGAAUAAAUUUACGGCACAUCCAAGUACUUUGUGAAUGUGAGGAGGGUUUUCUGCCCUUUCAGAGAGUUCCCGACCCCACCAACUGCAGCUCAGCCUCGGCGACCUUCUCAGCUUCCACCUCCGCAAAGUGAUCUCACUGCAACCCCAUCCCUAACCUGCUGCCAGAAUACUAAUAACUUGCUCCAUGGAUUCCCGUUCCCCAAGGCUCCGUGUGCGAGCGCGGAUCUGAGCCUGUCACUGAGCACGGCGCACACCUCCCGCCUGGGAUCGGGCCCGCUCCGCCCGGUGCACUCUGGGCUGUUGGAGGACAAGAUGAUGGCGGCUGUCCCGGCAACACGAUGCAGUUUGGGAUCAUUAACUGUCUUGUGUCGGGCAAAUCUGCAUUUCAGACGCGCUGUCUUAUAUUCCACGGCGUUUUCGGUAACUUCUUCCCUUCCGGCCGAAGCUGCAAUACGAGACAAUAGACCAACAAAAGAAAAACAAAGGAGAGAGCCCACGGCUCCAAGGACUGAAAAGAUGGAAGUGGACCAAAAUUGGUGCAAUGUGUACCCAACUGCUGCAGCAUUUAAACCUUCUGUUGUGCCUCUUCCUGUUCGCAUGGGCUAUCCAGUAAAGAGAGGCGUACCACCAAACAAAACAGGAAACCUGGAACUUAUAAAAAUUCCAAACUUUUUGCAUCUUACUCCCCCUGCAAUAAAAAGCCACUGUGCAGCUUUAAAAGAUUUCUGCACUGUUUGGCCAGCAGCACUUGGUAAUGAUGAAAAAUGUGAAGAGCAUUUUCCUAUUGAAAUUAAGACAACUGAUUAUGUUGCAGCAGGACCUUCUGUCCGAAAUCCGAAUGCUAGAGUGGUCACCUUGACGAUUAGACUUUCGAGUCUCAAUUUGGAUGACCAUGCCAUGAAGAAGCUCAUUAAACUUGUAGGAAGUCGAUACAACAAAAAUACAGAUAUGCUUACCAUUACAACAGACAGGUGUCCACUGCGGCGGCAGAAUUAUGAUUAUGCCCUGUAUUUACUCACUGUUUUAUACCACGAAUCAUGGAAAACAGAAGCAUGGGAAUCUGACAAAACUGAAGCUGACAUGGAGGAAUUUAUUUGGGAGAAUAGUCGAUCUGAGAAAAAUGCUUUGGACACAAUCUUCAGGAUGAUAGAAGCAGAAAAAUUCUUAUCAAUCCCAAAAGAAGAAGUGGUUAAUUCACCAGAAGUCAAAAACUACAAGAAGUCGGUAGUGAAUAUUAAAAAUGAGGGGGAAACGGAAGAUAACAUUUUACAGUACAAAGAAUCUGUAAAAAAACUGCUAAGAUUGCCCACUGCAGCAUGAUCCAUAAGAUGUUGUAGAUGACAUGAUUGAUUUAUGUUCAAUUAGAAUGUUGGCUAUACAGACUUUGUCAUUAACCUUGAUGAAGUAGCGUGUUCGUGUAAAUGGUCUUGACUGGAGAAAAGUGUUAAAUUCUAACUUCUGUAAACAAAUGUAUUUUUGCCUUACAACUGUGCUUAUAUUGCAAAUAUUUCAAGUCUGUGAAUAAAAUGUUGACUUUCUUUUUCCAUCACUGUACAAUCCAUACACAGGCUGUACACAAUACCUCUGCCAAAACUUUUGCACCCGUUUAUUUUCCUUCCCAUCUUUUAAGUUCUUCCUCAAAAGCCAUCAUAUUAACCAAGCUGUUAACACACUACCCAAUGCAUGCCAUCCUUUUUUAAUCUAUGCAAUUGUGUUUUUCAACUUCUAAAAAGUUCUUUGAAGUUUUUCUAUAUUCAGAUCAAAACAAUGACUUUUUUAUUUGGGUAAUGGUUAUUGAAAUGUGCAAAAGGUUUAAACAUAUUGCUGAAUGAUCAUCAAACUAAAAUAUUAGCUGUGCUUCUCUCUUUAUAGAUGCUCCCUGAUCUGCUAGGUAUUUCCAGCACUUUCCAUGUGUAUCUUUGAAGAUACUGUGAAUUAUAAAUGAGUUUUUUUUCUUCACUUGAGUGGAGGUGCCAUUCAAGUUCUCAGGCUCAAUCUAAUUUGCAGUUUCCUGCUGUUUGUGCACUGAUGAUAGCAAAUGGAACUGUUAGCAUUCAUUGAAAUAAAUAUUCUGCUGCAUGGGAAGCUGUGGGAUAAUCUUAAAUAUAGGUUGUGGAUUUGUUUUUUCAGGUUUUUGUGUAAAAUGUUAUUAGUUUUAUCAAUAUUAAGGAAUGCUUUCAUUUGGGAUUCAAAGAUUAUAUCAUAAUGGAAUGAUUAGUAACACGUGAAUCAUCUGAAAAGAAAUGAAAUGAGGAUGACAUACCAAGAAUAACAGUAUGAAUUUCAAUAGAUUUUUUAAUAAAUUAGAUUUCUUGAACACCCAAGAAACUUACAUAUGUUGUGCCAAGCAAGCAUGAUACACUUGAUACUAUUCACUAUUAAAAUUAUAAUUUUUAAUUGACCUUUUGCAUUUCUAGUAGGUUUGAGGUAUCUCCACUUUCAAUGUUGGAUUUCUUGUGGGAGAUAUCAACCAUUUUUACUGAAGAACUUCAGAAGGAAAGGCUAGCUACAGCUCUUCUAUCUGUUCAUAAGAUUCUCAAAACUGAAAGUUUAAUAAACACAGAUUAGAAUUAACAUUCUCUUUUCAAAUGCCUGUCUUAGAUCGAAGAAACACUAUUCCAGUAAAGUGGAUCAUUUAGAACCACAGGUACAAAUCAGGGGAACCAAUUCAGCUUCAAGUUAAGAACGAAACCUUUCUUUUUAGCCUGAAUGCAAUAUAGAAUUGAAUAAUGUCAUUUGUUUGAGAAGUAGAAAAGCAUUCUGAAGGUGUGCUACAUGACUCUUCCAUUUACCUCUAUUUAUUUCUUUGGACAGGAUGUAAUAUUAAUCAAGCCUGGCUUUUCUGAAGUUACAGCCUGUUUUAUUUUGUGUAAGAUGAUGCCUGCAAAUCAGGUGUGCAAGAAUAAUGCUUUAAAAUAGAGAUUGCUUAUAACUUUGUUUAAGUAAAAAGCCACCAGUUAAUUGUGAAUUGCAAGUAAGGUUCGUCAAAGAUAACAUUUUAAAAAAUACAACAGGAAGAAAAUAAGAAUUUGCCAUAAGUAAUAGCAUUCCUACAUUGUAUAUCUACUAAACUACAAACAUAAAUCUCAGGUUUGUGGCUAAAUACCACCCAAGUUGAGACAUUCCUGUUCAAAUGUUGGAUUUUGUUAAUGAAAUAUACUGUAUUUCAUUGUGACAGUGGUUUCAUUCUUUGCAGAAUGUUGUCAGAAGUCCAACACAGUCACAGGUCAGCUCCUUUCAAACCUUAUGUACUAACAAAAUAAUUUAUGAAUACCCAGCAUAUUGAUUUCUCCUUAUCUUCAACUUUUAGCUCAUUUCCUACAAAAAAGUUAAUUAAACAUUUAGUUGCAAAAUAUCUUCUUUGGAAAAGCUUGGUGUUGCAGUAGAGUUGUCAUGGUGAUACCUUAGCAAAGUGAUCAUUGUUACAGUAGUUUUAGUGAGAAAACAGGAAUGUAGUUUCAAUUACAUUGUUGUUUGAUUUUUGCAACAUGAUGGUGCAAAAAGCUUUUUUUUUCAUUCUAGUAGUGGAUUGUGUCUGGAUGCUUUGCCAGGAGGUGACUUAUCUACCAAACAGAUUUGAAAAUUCUAUUUGAGUUUUACAGGUAUGUAACAUUUUUCAUGUAUGUUCUGGCUUGUGUUUUCAGCAUAAAAAUCCCAAUUCUGCUUGUGAAUAUCAACUUGGCAUUAAUGUAAACAUUCUUACAAUAUUAAUAGUAUUUGCUGGUAUUUUGGAGAAAGGUAUGUGGAAAAGCAUUGCUCUAGUUCCAGGCAAAACUAUAUCUUUUGGAUCCCAUGUUCAUCAUAUCUAUUCAAGUUUGUCAAAUACCCCAUACCAAACUUAACAACGAUGUUUUAGAAUAACCUACGUAAAUUUUACUUGAAAAUAGUAAAUGACAAACAGUUGAGUUAGCAGUUCAGUCUUCUUAUUUUGCUUGUGUCAGUUAGCCUUGCAGACUGAAAAGAGAAUUCAGUUAUUCCCCUGUCCCAUUCUGCCAUUUUUUGGACUUUGUUUUAAAUAAUUCUACUAUUACUUGUAUUUUAAAAAUUUGAGAAAGUUGUUUAUAAUUUUUCUUGAAAGCCAUUAAUCGUUUGUGGAAAUUAGUGGCACAUUUUGCCACCAUACUUCAACAAGACUCCGCAAAAAGUUCAAUCAUCAUCUGAAGCUAAUAAUGACAAGCUCUUCAAACAUUGUGUUAGUUACCUAUGUUAUUAAGUAAUUGAAUUUAUAGCUUAAUUCAUUUGAAAAAUACAUAAUUACUAUCCAAUCUGGUGUGUCGUUUUUCCCUCUUACUAUCAUGUAAAUUUGUUGUGGGGCAUAAAUGAAGAAAAAUCCGUUUGGAAAUAUCAAAGCACAUACUACUGCAGUGUUGAUAUAUGAUUUAGUUUUGUUUUCAUCUAAAGAUACAGUUGAAAGUUAAUUCAUGAAGCCUCUGUUGCUCAGUUUCUAGUUAUAUUGCCUGCUCUAUGCUUUUGCAUUUCACUUUUGGGCCUAAUGUUAAUGUUACAAUCUAUUAUGCUAAGAUAUCAAGUACUGAUAGCCAUACAUUAAAGAAUUACAAAAUAGAUGAGUUCAGACACCAUGAAAGGAAAGAGUUAAGACAAUAUAAAACAAAUGUUAGUAUCUAAACAGAUUUGUCAUUGUUUAGAUAUACUGUAUAUAUGUGCAAAUGGUGUGAAUUUUCAGUAUUUAAAAUUCAUUUUAAAUUGUCUCAAAAUGUUGACAAUUCUUUUAAAGGAAUUGUCACUGAUGCUAUUGGUAGAUAAAUAGUAGAUUGUUUGUUGCUCCAGAUUCCAGCAUCUGAAGUCUCUUGUUUCUCCACUUUAAGCAAACUGUUGUUCAGAAGCAAAGUCAAUUUACUCUUUUUUUCCAAAGACUGGAGAAGGCAGAAACUACAGCAAAUGUUCCCAAUAAAAGCAGAGUAAUUUUCCCAGGCAAAAUUGCAGUGAGGAGGGGAUAGUAACAUAUUAGUUGCAUAAGAUUACAUGUGAUCGCCAAGAUAUAUUGGCAAUAAAAUUAUAAAGUUCAUUCCUGCUGGCUGUAGUGUCGUCGUUAUAUGCAGCCUUUUGUUUUAAUUGUCACACAUAACACAGGAGUCACAUUUUAAGUAUUUGAACGGCAAGGUUGCACGUUCAUAAUAAAUGUAAUAGUUCUGAUAAUAACAUUGAAAAUAUAACCUAGAAGAUAUUAUUGGGUAAAUGUCUCACAUGUUCAUGUUUUAUGAAGUACUAUUCAGUGAGUGUUAAAAUGGGAAAUGAG